UGCCACUAUACCCCAGACUUGAUUCAUCAUGUCUUCGCCAAGUCGCGCUCAGAUUCUUGGGCUGUAUAGGAGCUACCUUGCCACGGCUCAAUCAUUCUCCUCGUACAAUUUCCGUACCUAUUUCCUGCGCCGCUCGCGAGACCUCUUCAGGUCCACUCUUCUGCCGCCUCAGCAAGCCGCCACUUCCUCGCCAUACUCAAAGGCUGGCACAGAGACAGUGAAAGUCUCGCCGCCGACGCUACUCUCCCCUUCUCCUUCUGCCCUCGCUUCGACAUCAUCCUCCAAGCUAUCUGCUCCACCUCCUUCCGGCGCAACAAAUCCAGCAAACGACGAAGGCAUCGAUGCCGAGAGGCUGAGGAUCUUCUAUCAGACCGCCGUCAAGGAUCUAGCAGCGCUGAAGAGGGCGGCGUUGAUGAAUAGAAUCUACGAGGGCGACAAGCUCGUCGUGGAGAAGCCUCAACUCAUCGUCGGUGGCGGGGGAGCGGGAGCCGAGGCCAGUACGGGUGGUUCUGGUCAACCGAAUGCCACAGAACAGAGCAGCGGGGGCGCUCCAAGGUCAAGCUGAGCGGUUGAGCGGGGCCGAAAUGAAAUAGAGAAUUUGGAGGCCACGAUUUCAGAGGAUGUUUUAUGCUUUCACUAAUGCCAUCGAGUACAUAUUCCUGAAAUGACUGUCCAGUACAUUGGGCAGGAACAGUCUGCAGACUUCAGUAAAUUUGGGCGAGCGAAUCUCUGCUACUUAGGUGGGGCCAGACCGUCUGGGCCCGUGGGACAAUUGGCUACGCAACAUGACCUGCCUGGACUUGCUGUGGACAUCUAUGAGCGCUCGACAAUAAUACUUCGAUGCAGCUGUGGCCCGCCGCUGCCUUUUCCCGUACGAAGAGGACAGGUUUGAGACUCUGCCCACGCCCCCUCUUCCUGCUGGUUUCAUCGACACACUCAUGGCAUCCACGUCAUGCUCAUCGAUCCAGCCUGGACGUUCAUACCUUGACGCGAGUGCCACACUCCGACUGGCGCCCGCUGAUCGAGGGCGGCAAGGGUGCAGCAAUCGGAACGGAACGGAGGGG